AUGGCUUUAAGCAAGCUCUUUGCGCCUGGUAUGGGACUCUCACCUAUUCUUUUUAAGCUUUUUGAUUUUCAUCGUGGAGUGCUUGAUCCUACCCUUUUCCAAAGAACCAAUGGGAAGCAUCUCAUGUUGGUCCAGAUAUAUGUUGGUGAUAUCAUCUUUGGGUCAAUUGAUCCGAUGAUGGUGGCUGAUUUUUCCAAGUUGAUGGUGGAUUUUGGAUAUGGUAAUGAUGAUGCAAACAAAGGCGGUGGUGAUGAAAAAGUACUUGUUUCCAAGGAAGACGAAGAGCAGUUCGAAAGUGAAUCCAAUUUGGAAAGUGGCUCUUCCGAUGAGAUAGCACAUCCUUAUGCUUUGAUUGAAAUGCAAUAG